CUUGUUAAUAAUUUGCAUCCUCUUCAUUUGUUCCUGAAUCCUUGGAGACUGAUAUUCCCCCUGUAAAGGCACGACGAGAAAUUGUAUUUAGAGCAAAAGAAAGGUCCUUAAACUGCAGAGAUGUUUGCCAGGACGUCUGAUCUCCACAUUCUGCUGCUUACGGUUCUGGCAGGGAAGACAGCCUUUGGGCUUUUCCUGAUGCCUCUAUUCCUCGACCCGGACCCAGAUUGGACUUCCAGCAACUAUUAUUACAGCGAUGAAGAUCAAACCCAGGAAGAGAGCACCACGAGUGAUGUUGACUACCCUGAGAACCCUGAGUGGUACUACACAGACAAUGAUCCAUGUCUGCCCAACCCCUGUGAACAUGGUGGGGACUGCCUUGACAGUGGGGACAGUUUCACGUGCAGCUGCCCGGCCCCUUUCUCUGGAAGCAAGUGUGAGAAUGUGAACAACAAGUGCAAGGAAAACCCAUGUGGCCAUGGCGAAUGUCUUGUUAUUCAGAGUCCUCCCUACUACCGCUGUGCCUGCAAAUACCCCUACAAGGGCCCCAACUGCUCCACAGCCGUUCCUGCGUGCAGGCCGAACCCCUGCCAGAACGGCGGCACCUGCUCCCGGCACCGGCGGAGGUCCAAGUUUACCUGUGCCUGUCCUGACCAGUUCAAGGGGAAAUUCUGUGAAAUAGGUUCUGAUGACUGCUAUGUUGGCGAUGGCUACUCUUACCGAGGGAAAGUGAGUAAGACAGUCAACCAGCACUCAUGCCUUUACUGGAACUCCCACCUCCUCCUGCAAGAGCAUUACAACAUGUUUAUGGAGGAUGCUGAGGCCCAUGGGAUUGGGGAGCACAACUUCUGCAGAAACCCAGAUGCAGACAAAAAGCCCUGGUGUUUCAUUAAAGUAAAUAAUGCAAAGGUGAAAUGGGAGUACUGUGAUGUCUCCCUCUGCUCAGCCCUAGACAUUACUGACCCCGAGGAAGGGCCCACAGAACCUCUGACCAGGCUUCCAGGUUUUGACUCAUGCGGGAAGACUGACAUCACAGAGAGAAAAAUCAAGAGGAUCUACGGAGGCUUUAAGAGCACAGCGGGCAAACACCCGUGGCAGGUGUCCCUGCAGAGCUCCCUGCCACUGAGCCACUUCUGCGGGGGUUCGCUGAUCCACCCCUGCUGGGUGCUUACUGCUGCACAUUGCACUAACAUAAAAACCAAAAAUCUAAAAGUGGUGCUAGGGGACCAGGACUUGAAGAAGACAGAAUUCCAUGAGCAGACCUUCAGGGUGGAGAAGAUAUUCAAGUACAGCCAUUAUUAUGAAAGAGAUGAGAUUCCCUACAAUGAUCUUGCUUUGCUCAAGCUAAAGCCAGUGAAUGGUCACUGUGCUCUGGAAUCCAAAUAUGUGAAGACUGUAUGUUUGCCCGAUGGUCCCUUUCCUUCUGGGACUGAGUGCCACAUCUCUGGCUGGGGUGUUACAGAAACAGGGGAAGAGUCCCAACAGCUCCUGGAUGCCAAAGUCAAGCUGAUUGCCAACACUCUAUGCAACUCACGCCAACUCUACAACUACAUGAUUGAUGAGACCAUGAUCUGUGCGGGAAACCUUCAGAAGCCUGGGAGAGACACAUGCCAGGGUGACUCUGGAGGCCCUCUGACCUGUGAGAAGGAUGGGACCUACUAUGUCUAUGGGAUAGUGAGCUGGGGCCAGGAAUGUGGGAAGAAGCCAGGGGUUUACACCCGAGUUACCAAAUUUCUGAAUUGGAUCAAAGCCACCAUCCAAAGAGAGCAGAGCUUGUAA